UGAGGCCUCUCUCGCGGACAAGAAACGUUUGCGGACGGGCCGUGGGUUUUCUCGCCGCGCGUCGAAAGGAGAUCCCGGCGCAAACAACGGGAGCGUCUAUGAAAAACCGUCCGGUAUCGCUUUUUCGACCCUGAAGGCGAACCCGCCGAGCGUAUAAGAGCCACGGGGCCCGUGCCCGUUCCAUUUUCGUUCGUUUUACUAUCGGACGCGCGUCGCGGCUUGCCUCUCGAGCACUCCCCCCCCCACCCCCUACCGAUCUUCGUGCACACCUCCCCCACCCUCUUCGGUGACCAGCACGGUCAUCAGUCCCAGAAUCGUUCGUUUUCCGUCGUAUUUUCGUCGAUCGGCGACCGGUUUCGGCGAUUCGUCGCUCGCUGCGCCGCGUCUUGUGCUCCGUCGGUGACUCAUCCCGUGGAUUUACUCGCGAGCUUGUGGAUUCGAAUCGGAUUUCUGCGUGGAACGUACCCCGAAUGCCAAAAUGCAGACCAUAGAACGAACAAUGUUGACCGACUGCAAGGAGCUACCCUCCCUGAAACUCGGCGGCUUCGUCCUCGAGAUAGAGUUCAAUUCGCCUAGCCCGGAGCUGCAGGAAGUCGCGAAAAGGGAGCUUCGUGAGACACCGGAGGUCAAAAGCCAGGCCGUUGCUCAGUUCAAGGAAUUAUUAAAAGCGGAGACAGACCUAAAGGUGCCAUUAGACAACGAGGCCUGGUUGGUACGGUUCCUCAGGCCGUGCAAGUACUACCCAGAUUCCGCGCUGAAGCUCGUGAAGAACUAUUACAGCUUCAAAGUGAAGCACGCGAACGUUUACGAUGGUUUGAAGCCCAGCCACGAGAAGAACAUAUUCGAGCAGAAUAUUUUGACAGUGCUGCCCAACAGGGACCAGCAUGGACGAAGGGUGCUGAUCAUGGAGCUGGGAAAGAAGUGGAAGCACACCAAGUGCAACCUGGACGAAGUGUUCAAGGGAUGCGUUCUGUACUUGGAGGCCGCCAUGUUGGAACCAAGCACUCAGAUCGCCGGUGCUGUGGUGGUCUUCGACAUGGACGGGCUCAGUCUUCAACAGACUUUUCAGUUCACUCCACCGUUUGCCAAAAGGAUAGUCGACUGGCUGCAGGACUCGAUGCCCCUCAGGGUCAAGAACAUUCACAUCAUCAAUCAGCCGUACGUCUUCAACAUGGUGUUCCAGUUGUUCAAACCGUUCCUCAGAGAGAAACUCAAGAGCAGAAUCGUAUUCCAUGGAAAAGAUUACAAGUCGUUGCACGAAUACAUGUCGCCCAAGUGUUUGCCGGAAUGUUACGGUGGCACCCUGAAGAUUCCAAGAGUGACGGGGCCACAGUGGUUGGAAUUGUUGCUGAAGUGCGACGAGGAAUUCGAUGCGAUCAACUCUUACGGUUACAAGAAGCAGUAAUUUGUUCUCCGCGACAUUCCUCCAGAAAAAGGACAAAGAGGAGCAACUAUUUGAAAAAAAUCGAAAAUCGAGAGACAGGAACGAUUUUCGAGCAACGAGGACGGUUGUGGGUUCAUCGAUCGUUACGCCAAAUAAAAUUCGGCGCUCGACUCGGUUAAUUAUCUAAUGAAUUAUAUAUUUCCCUUCGUGGUCCUCUAUCCAGUUAUCUCAUAGGAAUCGCGUCUUCACGAAGAAACGAUGAAUAAGAAGCAACAGGUUUGCUGGCGCUGUACACUCGCUUACGUUUCGUAUUAUCACGAAAAGAGAAUAGAUAUUUAUGUAGAUUAAACGCAAUUUUAUAUGGAAAACUGAAUUGUCGAUAGGUAUGUAUUCGUAUUAUUAUAGUUCAUCGAACGAGUAACUUUAGUGAAAAUGAAAUUAGUUUAAGCAACGAAACGCGGUUCGUUUAACGGUGGUGAAACUGUUGAAUCGUCGACUUACCUUUUGGAUUCGAUCGAUUUAGAAUCCCGCGAGGCUUUGAAAGUCUCGCGGGUUAAAAUUGUUUGUCGUUUGGAAAACUUGUUCCUUAGACGACGAGGGAUUUGCUAGAAUUUGUUGUUAUAUUUUUUUCGUAAUAAAAUAUUUGCAAAAACAA